GGAUACGGGACAGUGUUCGAAGCAGUUCGUGUGAGGGACGGUCUUGAGGUGGCAAUGAAGGUGGUUUUGAAGAGCAGUGACAUGGAUUACCUCAGCAUUCCUGGUCAUCCUACACCCCUUCCGUUAGAGGUUGCUCUAACCAUUCUUGCCAACAAUGGUCCGACCGUUCCUCAGAUAAUCCAGAUGCUGGAGUGGCAGGAGCGUCCCGACUCCUAUAUAAUGAUCUUGGAGCGUCCCUCACCCUGCGAAGACCUUUUUGAUUUCCUGGAGCGGCACUUAGGAACCCUCAGCGAGAACAUGACACGGCACAUCAUGUGGCAGGUAGUGCAGGCUGCCCACAUGUGCUGUCAGCGAGGGGUCCUCCAUCGGGACAUUAAAUUAGAAAACCUGCUGAUAAACAAGGAAACUUUAGAAGUGAAACUUAUCGACUUUGGCUGCGGUGACCUUCUGAAGACCUCAGCAUAUACAACAUUCUGUGGGACUGAAGAUUACUGUCCACCUGAAUUUAGAUCCAGUGGCAGAUAUUAUGGAAAAGCAGCAACUGUUUGGUCACUGGGGGUUCUCCUGUAUGAGCUGCUGUGUGGAGAACCUCCAAAACACAGUGACCUGGACUUGACAGAUGAAAGGAUUUGGAUCAAACCUGGAUUGUCAAAAGAGUGCUGCCAACUGGUCCAGUCCUGCCUGCAGAGGAGCCCCAAGAAGAGGAUCGCUUUGGGGAAACUCAGCAGCCAUCGCUGGUUCAAGGUCACCAGAUAAAGAAAA